AUGCAUAUGCGAGCAACCGCCACUUUUUUCGGUCGGAGCACCACAGGAUGGACAUUUGCGACAGGUGCGCUCAAUAGUUUCUUCGGUGGCAGUCGUUUCCGAACAAAUACACUUCUCGCAGCGACAUAUGGCACAGAACGAAUGCUCACAUUCGGGGCAGGAUCGUCUAAAGCUGCUGCCGACAAAAAAGAAGGCGAAAGCAAAAAGCAAUCGAGCAAGAAAGAAGAAAAAGAAGUGACGAUGAAAGGGCAUGAGCUCAAAUUACGUGAGAUGCUGAUUCCGAAGAAACGCAAACGAGUGUACGCAAAAAUCAAGAGAGGAAUCAAACGUCGAGCACGCGAAGAAAGGAAGCUCAAUGAGAAGAGGCUGAAACUACUGGAAACUUCUGGAUAA